AUGAUCCAGACACUCUACGAUCUUCCAGUCGACUCCUUGUACCCCUCGAUCAUUCAUUCAAUGAUGAAGUCUGCGCUGACCAUCCACGAGGACAUUGACCUCUGCAUCAAAGUGGCCCAAAGACACUCACGUAUCAACCGUCCAAACAUUGAACACUACCUACUAGUUAGCCUUGCCGAUCCCAUUCCAGUGUUCGCCAUACACCAGACACGCGUCAUCAAUGACAUUAGGCUACACCUCAGCUCACUUCCCUCGCGUGGCACUGAUGUGACGGCACAACAGAUUAUGUUGUUUGCGCUCAAGAAUAGAUUGUUUGACCUGGUACAUGUGGUCGCUCCACAUGUUAAGGACACUGUCUCGCUCACACCUAUCGCUCAGCCGAUGACCAUUGACAUGCUCAAGACACUCUCAUCCAUCCAACGACCAAUGUUGUUCAAUCGAUUGGCUGCUGGUGGUGACAUCACAUUCAUGAUGCGUGUCAAGCAUCUUGUGGCUGACUACAUGGCAUCGCCAACUAGUGCGCCACUCUUUAAUCAAUACCUGAUUCAGUCUGCGUUGACCAAUGGCCACUACGAGUGCGCGAUCUUCAUCCUGGACACAUUCACACAUCUUCUUCCACAAGAAGAUAAACCUAUUGCCGAUAAAAGAUGGAACCUGGCACCCAAGUGGCAGGUGUUGACUAACGUGAACAUGUUGGAAAAGUCACCAAAAGAUGAUCAAUCACAUAAUUGGCCAACAUUAAUCGACCUACUGCUUAGCCAUAACAAGGUAUCGUGCAACUUCAAUCAACUCUACAUCAGUGCCAUUCAUUCGAAGCGAAUGGAUGUGAUUGAACAUCUCGAGCAACUGAUGGAACUCAAUCCAUCACAAACAAUCAACAUUCAAGAUGCACUGGUUGCCGCGUUGGACGAAGAGUUCAUGCCAGCCAUCAAAUCAAUCAUGCGACAAGCACCGCCAGACUACAUAUUUGAGGUCAACCUGUUUGAUCUCUAUCAGUUUACGCCAGACAUGCUAGUCGGCCUCUUGGAGUCACUUCCAUCCAGUUGUCAAUUGUCAAUCGACACACACAUAGCUGGAGUUGAGUGGCCAGCCUGCGACAUUCUCAAGGUCAUUGAACGUGGACAGCAUAAUAUAUGUGGCAAGUCCUUCCAAAGUGCACUGGGCAUACAGGCAGCAUUACUUGGCGAAUAUGAGCUCAUGCUCAAUCUCAUACAAGAUCAUAAUCAAAUAUAUGUGACAACUAUUUGCAAGAAUGGCGCAGAUAAUGCAGAUAUUAUACAAUAUCUUUUGAAUAAUACUGAUUGGAACAAAGGCGAAAAUUCAUUUGAAGACCUCAUCAUAUACUCUCUGCUCAACUUUGGACAUGGUAACAAGAUUGAACUACUCCUAUCACUUCCACAACAUAUGGCUCGCCUUGACAUGAAUGGUAAACAUGCGGUCGCGGGCAUGGUCUUGGCAUCGGAUGUCCUUCGCAUGUUCAACCUGGAGUCGAUUGGACAAGGUGGUAUUGGAGUACAUCUGGUCUCGAUUGGACAUCAAGCACAGACUUGA